AGCGCAUUAAACCCCAAAAGACCAAAAUCUCGACAGGGCUUCUCAAUCGUCUCUGUACCUAAAACCCUAGCUCGAUCCUUCCAGCUCUGUGCCUGUCUUCCUCCGAGCUCAUCAAUGGCGGAUCCCGUGAUUUCUCUCGACAAGGUCAAGGCAAUCUGGCACUCCCAGGUCCACGAUGAGAACAACUGGGCAUUCAACAUGAAGCUGCUUCGGGCUGCUGGGUUGUUUGCAGGGUCGAUACUCCUGAUGCGAGAAUACGGAGAUCUAAUGGCAGUCUGAGGUUGGAGGAUUGCCGAUCACCAGAGCACAAUGAGACAUCUCCAUCCAUUUCUCUGGCCUUUGUUUAGCACUUCUGUUACUAGCCAAGAAAAGGGGCAGUGUGUUUGAGAGUCUUGACCUAUGUUUUUGCUUGAGAAUGGUUCACAGUGGAUAGCAAUGGGCUGAUGUUUCCAUUUAGAUUUCAAUGUUGUAAGUUUCUUUGAACUAUUCUAUGAUCUAUGCUCAAACUUGUGAUUGUUCUACUUGAGAAUUUUAUGAAGGAAAUGGACGGAAUUUCUAGGUAA